AUGGCAGACAGCUUUAAUUCGAGUGGAUAAUUUUAUAAUUAUGUUGGAACAGCAGGUACAGCUGACUUUUUACCAGGAUCAGGUUAAGAGCAAUAGUAAAGAAAUUUAUAUAAUAUUUUAGAUUGAGUUUCGGUAGGAAUUAUUUAGUUUACAAUGAUUAACAAGCAGGGAGUUUUUAGAAUAAUUUUCAUCAAUCUUAAUUGAUAGAUUCUGAAGUAAAAAAUAGUCUGGAUUAAUUUUUUGAAAUGAAAAUAGAGGAUGUUAGAUUAGACAAUUUAUUAAUUCAGGAAGAGUCUUCAAAUUAAUCAAAAUAGAAAUAAUCUAUACACUCAGAUAUGAAUAGCAGAUCACAAUAUUCUGGAGAUCAAGAUUUUCGAUUAGGUUAUAAAUUAUCUAUAUUAUAUAUAGAAUCAGCAGAAUAAAUUAAUAGUAAGUUUAAACCUGAAGUUAAAAUGCUCAUCCCUUAAAAUUAGGGUAAAAGCAUAUAUCGAGACAAGAUUGAUUCUUUAUUAGAGAAAAGAACAUCAAAUAAUAAUUCAGUAUCUCCUUCAAUAACUCCAAGAUCAUCAAAGAGUCAAUAGAAAUUAGAGAGAAAGCGAUCCUAAAAUUUAUAAAAUGAGACUUCAAAUGAAUUGACAGAUCCUACAUAAUUAAAAUUGGCAAAAAAUAGGGAAUCUGCAAAAAACUCUAGAGAAAGAAAAAAAAUAUAUUAAUAAUUGCUAGAGAAAUAGGUGUAAGAAUUAUAAUAAGAGAAUGAGAAAUUAAAGGAUAUUUGCAAGAAUCAAGCCUAAUCUAUGGAAAUAGUGAACAAAAAAACAUAAAAAGUACUUAAAUUAUUUAAUUAUAUAUAGUUUUAAUUAUUUUUAGAAUAAUAACAAUAGAUGUUUGAAAAAUUGGAAUUAUGUAUAAUAAAAAAAGCUAGUUUUGAUGAAAUUGGAAUAAUAAUGGAUGCAUUAAGAUAUAGAAUAUAAUCAAAUUCUUAAGAAAGAAAUGAUACUGCAAGAGUAUAUUUUGAUAGUAUAGCUGAAAUAAUGUUACCUAUGUAGGUGAAAUAUUUAUUAUAUGCAUGUUAAAAUUCGAAAGAUAUGUUUGCGAAUACUGACCAGUAUGAUAUAUUUUGUUAUUUUAUAUUAAUAGAGAUUACAGUGAAUGGUUAAAGGAAGGUUUUGAAAGUACGAAUGUUAAAUUUGAGAAUUUCACCAAACUUAAGAAAUUUUAGACAAAGGUUUAAUUAUUAAAAUAAAAUAUUUCUAAGUACUAUAUUAAUUCAUUUAUUAAGUUCUUUAGAUAAAAUUAAAAACGAAAUAAAGUCUAUCUAAGAUCAAGCUUCUAAAAUGGAUUAAGUUUGGGAUUCAUUGAAAUCAAUAUUGAAUCCACUCUAAUUAGGUACUUUGAUGUGUUCUCUUUAUCAUGUAAUAGUGUUAGAAAUGAUUAGAAUCUUUAUAGAAAUGAAUUAUAAACAAGCACAUUAUUUGCUUAAUUAAAGAACUCAUAAGCUGAAGAAGAUGAUUUUUCAUUUAAAAUAGAGGAGGAAAUAAAUUAUGGAACUAAUAAAAUGGUUAAAAGGUGUUGA